UGCAUGAGAAGAUACCUUAUACUGAGCGUAACAGGUGUUUUUGUCACUAUCUCAACGCAUGAUGAUUGAUUAGUUAAGAAAAUUGUUUGAUUUGUGUGUUUUUCUACCCGUAUUUCAAAACAAAUAUAUUAGAAACUGGGAAACAAUAUGGAGCUUUGCAUUUGGAAUUGUCGACAAAAACGAAAGUGUAACGUAGUGAGGUAACGGAUAUUAAGAAUAAGAUGUUGGCGGCGUUAACGUUUACUGUAGUCCUGCUUGUUGGUGCUGGGGCCACAGUUGAACACACAAGCCUGUCCAAUGAUGCCAAAAACGAGAGCCAGAUUCAAUCCACGUUUACACUAGAGAUUACUACUGUAACCACAGAAGUUGAGGAUCUGUUUCACUCUACUACUGGUAAAUCGCCUUUUGUAGACAAAGUUCAUACACAAGAUAACGCCGAACCGUCAACCUUUUCUACUGAUAAGCUUGACCUUGGCCACGCCUACAAUGACAGGGAACCGCCUUUUUCUAAAUCGCCACCUAGCGAAGAACGAGUUAAAUAUAUAUACGUGACCUUCAAUGGAGAUAAAACUUUGUCGUCAGUUGAAAACCUACGUAAAGUUUCUGUGGACAAUACCACGGAGACUAAUCAAGAAGAAGAAGUUGGACGAACACAAGUGUAUAUCAUCGGGAUUGUCGGUAUUAUUCCUGCUGCUGGGGCCCUCUUGUGGUGCUUCAAGCGAACUUUUCCCUGGUUAUGUAAGAAAAAACACAAGCAAUCUGAAGACUCUCCAUCGGAUAAUCCCAAACUUCAGGCAUCAACCUUCAAAAGAAGAGGAGGAGAAAGAGUGACUUCAUCUGACCAGAACAACCCUGAUGGAACAACGACAAUAGAGACUGUAACAGAAACAGGCACCCAGAAUACAUCACUACAUUCUUUGCUGGAUGAUUCACAAUGGGAAGUUCCCAGGUCAAACGUCCACUUGAUUGAGGUCUUAGGGGAGGGAAACUUUGGACGUGUUUGGAAAGCUGAGAUUCUACAUUCCGAUCCCGACGAAGCAAGACCAUGGUUAGUGGCCGUGAAAACGAUCAAAGAGCGUGCCAGCUCAAAGGACAAAAAAGAUCUGUUAAAAGAACUCAAGAUUAUGCAAGAGCUUGGACGUCACCCAAAUGUUGUUACUUUACUGGGUUGUUGUACAGAGCAAGAGCCUUACUAUGUUAUUAUGGAAUACGUUGUGAGAGGAAAACUGCUGUCUUUUCUUCGUGACCAUCGGUCCAGAAGGGAUUAUUAUAACUGUUCCCCUACAUCUCAAGCUCUUACCUCCAGGGACUUGACCAUGUUUGCCUACUAUGUAGCACGUGGAAUGGAGUACGUUAGCACUAAAGGGGUGAUCCACAGAGAUCUGGCUGCCCGGAACGUCCUAGUGGAUCAUAACAAGGUGUGUAAGGUGGCUGACUUUGGUCUCUCCAGAAGCAUUCGAGAUAAGGACUGUGAAAUGUAUGAGCAGAAAACAAAGGGAGCCCUUCCUGUUCGUUGGAUGGCACCAGAGUCUUUGUAUCUAAACGUGUUCACAGCCAAGUCUGAUGUUUGGUCAUUUGGAAUUUUGCUGUGGGAGAUUGUUACAUUAGGUUCCACUCCAUAUCCUGGCCUGGGGGCUCGACAAGUGAUACAGAAAGUGAGAGAAGGUUAUACUAUGGAACAGCCAGAGCAUUGUAGAGAAGAGCUAUAUAGAAUCAUGAAGGACUGUUGGAGGGCAGAUGUCAAUAAUCGGCCCUCAUUUUUAGAUCUACGAUCGGAACUUGGACGACUACUAGAGCUACAAACAGGUUACGUGGACCUCGAGCACUUUCCAGAACAUGCGUAUUAUAAUCUUUAUCAAAGUUCUGGGGAGAAAGUUUAAUAACGAUAAUUUUACAUUGGUAUAAAUAAAAUAAAAGCUAUGCAAGUUAUAUAAUUAUUUAACAUGAAUAAACCAAUGCAGCUACAGUGCGAUAAAAUCAGAAAACAUAAAUAAUAUGUUCAAAAGUGGAUGCAAGUAAUAGAAAACUAUGUAAUCAACGAUUCUGCCAAAUGAUCCUCGUCUGUCUGACUGAAAGUCGUUCGAAUUUUGAUCACUUGAUUCUUUUUUCUUCUAUAACCAUUUUAAGGUACUUCUUCAGAUUUUCAUGCAUAGUUAUUUGGACUGAAAUGUGAAUUAAAAAAACAAUGUGGUUAAAGGUUAUGGAAGAGUGAAAAUGAACCUUUGCCAACAGUUUUUACACUGUUAAUUGGAAAAUGAUAUAACUUAGGUUUAAAAUAUCAAGUGACCAAAGAACUAAAACGCAGAAUGUGGGGAAGUGGAAACAGAAAACUAUGAAAAUAUUUUACAACUAACAGAUGAAAACUAUGGAAUGAGAAGAGCUACAAAACGUAUUUGUAUGGUUAGUUCAACCAACAGAUGAGCUUUGAGAUUUUAUGUCAUAUACAAAUAAUUUUUGGGUACAGUUGUGUAAUAAUUUUACUUCUCACUUCAUCAAUGUUCUUGAACUAUGAAAUGAAAUAGAUCAGAAAGACAAAAAAUCUUGGACUUGUCAGCAUUCUUAACAAGUUGGACCCAAGAAGUUUAAGUAUGUGCAAGAUUCUUUUCACAAUAGUGUUAAAAGUUCUCAAAUAUAGACAUUCUAAUUUUCAUAACUUACAAUGAAAGUUCUGUUAUCAGUGUCACAGUAAUAUAUGUAAAAAUAUUUUUAAUAAAACUACAAAAUUGUAUUUUUCUUAAUUGCU